CCAGCGUUUUGACGCUGCGUGAAAUUGCUCCUUAAGAUAACCUCUGUAGUUUAUAAACUUUAAUUUUUAUCUAUAUUUCUUGACACAUUUCCUAACCUGAAUAGUGUUGAAUAGUUCUUAACUUUAACGAUUAAUAUCUCGAUUCGCGGGACAGAGCAACGCUUUUCUCAGACAGAUUCGUUCGUUUCAGAUAUAAAAACGCCUCGAAUGAGCCUAAUUUCGUCAAUUUUUGAGUAGCUGUACGUUACGUGCCAACAUGGACAAUUCAAAGAUCGAUGGUUUAAACAAAGAGAUUCAACUUGAUAAAAUCCAUGUUGAUGAAGAGAAUCCACGAGAUUCGCGAGAGGAAGUCAACACCUCACAUGGUGAUGAGGAGCAGCGAGAAAAAUUGAUACGAUUACCUCUGGGAAGAAUAAAAACCAUCAUCAAAAUGGAUCCUGAAGUUUGUUUAGUUAAUCAAGAGGCUACGUUUUUGGUGGCGAAGUCAGUGGAAUUUUUUAUUGAAUCUCUUGCAAAAGAAGCUUAUAGAUAUACUGCACAAGCGAAGAAAAAGACUGUUCAAAAACGUGAUGUAGAAAAUGCCAUUGAUAAUGUGGAUGCGCUUGUAUUUUUGGAAGGUAUGCUCGAUUAAUUGCAUAAUUAUAUAAUAUUUGUC